GAAAUUUUCUGUAUUCAUUGAAGAGUUUUCAUAAGUUUGCUCGCUGAGGAAUUCGUUUGACAUGACGCUACUCGGAUCCUUGUUGCACAUGAGUUGUGUUUUAACAGUGUUAUACUUAAUAGUAGGGAGUAAUUAUGGCAAACUCGUAUAUAAUGGAAAAUUAGAGAAGUUGAACAAUAAACACGAUGGGGCAACUACCACUAAUUUACCACACGAUUACUCAUAUGAAUCGAAACUUGAUAAAAUUCGAAAGGAAGCUAAGAAAAAAUGGCGAAACAUAAGAGACUAUUUCUUCAAAAAUGAUUCCAUGAAUACAGAAGUUGAAGAGUCGAUGCCUUUUCCUUACACAAUGAGUUUGACGAAUGAGGACACGAACGAAGUCAAGCAAAAUAGAGACAUCUUAGUGGAAAUUUUACUUUCCGUUUAUGACAGUAUGAAUUUAAUGUCGCGACUGCUUGAAGGACUUUUUAAUUAAUGGACUGUAAACAAUUAUAGUUUGUAUAUC